AUGAGCCGAACAAUUUGGUUGGUGAGACACGGACAACGUGUUGAUAAUGUGGAUAAGAAGUGGAAAGACAACAAUCCAACCAAGUGGGAUGAUCCUGAGUUGACAAUCCGCGGAAAGCAACAGGCUCAUGAGGUCGGGAAACAUUUUGCCAACAUGAACAUCGAGGCGAUCAUCACUUCUCCGUUUACCAGAUGCAUCGAAACAUCUGCUCAAAUUGCAGCAAUGAUGGAGAAUAAGGCAACGAAGAUUUGUGUUGAACCGGGAUUCCAGGAGCCACUUUAUAUGUGUAUGACUCCUCCAGGUGUUCCAUCGAUGGAGAAAAUUAAAGAGUACUCAACUCAAAUCGAUGAAUCGUAUAAGCCGGUUUUCGAGAAGCUUCCAGAAGAAGCAAAAGGAGAUCUCGGAUGUGCUGAUCGUGUUGUCAAAACAUUCCAAGAGGUUGCCAAGAAGUUCCCAUCUGGAAAUAUCAUCAUCGUUUCUCAUGGAACUCCAAUCGCCAAUAUUCAUGCCUUCUUGAAAGGGCAUUGGAAAUAUGUUGGACAAUGCACCAUCUGCAAGGUCACUGACAUGUAUGGACAAUCAUUCCGUCUCGACUACUGGUCGGAUAAGAAACAUUUGUCUCAAACUCAUGAUCUUCGUGAAGAUGAACGCAAUGUUCCGAAACUUCCUUCACCAUAA